CGCGCCAUCACUGCUCGUAGCUCGGGCAGCGUGACGAGUGCGUCCUCGAGCAAUAAAAUGUAAACAACGCGCGGUAUGUAAAUCGUGCUGGGCAGCCGCAUCAACGUGGAAGAUGUACACGCUGCUGCACGGCCUGUACAAAUACCUGGUGCAGAAGGACGAGUACUUCAUAUUAAUUCUCGGGCUGGACAAUGCAGGAAAGACGACUUACCUGGAAGCGGCGAAGACCAAGUUCACGAGGAACUACAAGGGGAUGAAUCCGAGCAAGAUCACGACUACUGUCGGCCUAAACAUCGGCAAGAUCGAUAUCGCUGGUGUUUCCUUCAACUUCUGGGACCUCGGUGGCCAGGAGGAGCUCCAGUCCUUGUGGGACAAAUAUUACGCAGAGUCGCACGCUGUGAUUUAUAUCGUUGAUUCGUCCGAUCGCGACAGAAUACCGGAUUCCAAGGAAACUUUUGAUAAAGUAAUAUCGUCCGAGCAUCUAACAGGUGUGCCGUUACUAGUGCUAGCAAACAAGCAGGAUGUACCCGACUGCAUGGGCGUCCGAGAAGUAAAACCGAUAUUUAAUCAAAGUGCACAUUUAAUUGGCAGAAGGGAUUGCAUGGUAAUGCCAGUAUCAGCUCUUAACGGGGACGGAGUGGAUGAAGGUAUACACUGGCUGGUGGAUUGUGUCAAGAGGAACAGUGAUGUACGGCCAGCUCGCAACCGGGACGACAAUUCCUUAUCUUAACUAGCACAUUCCUGUCCUACGGCUUCUGCAAUAAUAUUGCAAAAUAUCUCGAUGCAGUGUUUGUACAAAUAUAAUAUUUGUUUUUUCAAUAGCA